AGGUCAGGUGAUCUACCGCCCUGCUCUGGGUGGCAGGACAAGGAACCAUUCCCGUUUUCUAAUCAGAUUUUCUCUGUUGCCGGUGGUGCCAACAUUGUUGUAACUACCUCCUGACUGGAUUCCUUUUUUCAACGCUUUUGAUCAUCUUUCGACUGAUUUUUGGUGACGUACUUGGAUCGUUGUUUGGCAUUCGCUAUCGUGGAAUUGUUUUUGGACUUGGCUUUGGAUUUUUCUUGAAUAUGUCUGACUCUAGUGUUAGUUUCAGAGUGUGUGUGAAUGAGGGCUGUAAGGUGAGGAUUCCGAAGGCUUCGGUAGAUCCUCACACUGCAUGCCGUGGAUGUAGAGUUGUUGAGUGUUCGAUUGAAAAUACAUGUAACGAGUGCGAAAGACUGAGUGCUCAAGAAUGGAAGAAUCUAACUUCUUACUUGAAGAAGUUAGGGAAAGAUAGAGAGAGGAAGGCGGUUUACAAAAGCAGCAGUAAAUCUAGAUCUCGUGAACUUCUAUCUAGUUCUGUAGCUUCUUCUUCUUAUAAUUAUUCUCAUUCUGUAUCAACCCGAUCACAGGUUGCUAACCCCUCUGAUUCUGCUUCGGAAAUUGCGGAACUCAGAGCUUCCCUUCAAAAAAUGCAGGAAAAAUUGGCAGCAUUGGAAGGUAAGCAAAGUGAAUGUGAUUUUUCAAGUGAUGUAAGUGUCCCCAGUGUGGUGGAGGGAGCUUCUGGUCAUCUCUGCGACGCUUCCAGGUCUAGACCGCUUCCAAGCUCCCUGGCCCAGAGGAGAAGGAAAGUCGAAAGCCUUACGGAGGUCGUGGAGAAUCCCCAACGAUCAGGCGUCCCUUCGGCAGAAUCUGUUCCGUCUCAGACUGCCAGGGACCGCUAUAGGAAAAGCGUCCUACGAGAGUGCUUUUCGUCUUCAGGUUCGCCUUCUCCGAAAAGAGGAUGGAAGGAGUCGAACCUUUCCCGUCGGCUGAAGAGGAAUUGGAAAGAGCCUGAAUUCAAUUCUAGCCCCGAGCGCUUCUCUGAAGAAGAUGCGCCUUCGGUAAUAAAGAAGGCUAGGAAGGAGUUAGAUCCAUGGACGGUAAGAGAACCUCGAGCGCCUUCCAGAUCUCCCUCUCCUGCUUCGAAUGAGGAGGAGUCCUCUACCAGGAAAAUUUUGUUAAAUAUGCAGGAGCAAUUAGCGUCUUUGGUAGGAGUACUUUCCAAGGAGCCUACUCGUAGGAAGGACGAUAGGCUUCCAGUAAAAAGAUCCAGAUACCGAUCUCCUGUCAGGCGCAACAAGCCUUCCAGGGGAGUUGUCGCACAGGCGGCCAUCUCUGGGGGGAGCGGAGCGUUAGACAGGCGAGAAGUGGAAAAGGAAGUAACUCCUGCCAAGCGCCUGGCGCCAGCCAGGAGCCAGGCGCCAAGUAGGCGCCAAAGAACACCUGAUAGUGAAGUUGACUUCGAAGUUUUCAUGAGAAGAGAGGAGUCUUUCAGGCGCAAAGAGCCUGACUUUUCUUUAGAUCGUUCGAGACCUAGAACGCCAACCAAGUGCCGAGAUCCAACUAGAGGAGAUGAAGCGCCUGCUAAGUGCAAUGCGCCUGCCAAGCGAAAUGCGCCUACCAGGAACAAGGAGUAUUCGGAGCACGAUGCGCCUGCCAGGAUCCAGGAGUAUUCGGAACGCGAUGCGCCUGCCAAGCGCCAGGAGUAUUCGGAACGCGUUGCGCCUUACAGGCUCCAGGAGUAUUCCGAACACGAUACUCCUCCCAGGCGCCAGGAGUAUUCUGAGCAAGAUACCCCUGCUAAACGCCAGGCGCAUUCUCUACAAAAAGAGCCUGACAACCGCCAGGAGUCCUCCAGGCGCCAAACUAAAACUAUUCAUGACUCUCCUAAGGAUAGGCAUAGAGAGAGAAUAACUCUUAGUCCCUCUCCUGUUAGAAGUGCUUCUUCUUCGGAGAGGAAGAAAUCAAGGGAGGAGACAGACGAAAGAAGGGAGCCUUCUCCUUCCGAGCCUCUUAACUUUCAAAUUAUAAAGUUCUUUCUUCUCUCCUUUUAGAAGAGUAUGGAGAUUCGUUGAC